AGACCACCCCCACCACGACCCGUCCAAGUGUCCAAAAAAAUCGCCUGGCUCCUCCGCCACGGAGCCGAAAAAGAACAUCUCACCCUCGACUCAGCGGGUUUCGCCAACGUACACGACGUACUCGAGAAUCGCAAUCUAAAAUCCCUCAAAGUCACUUUUGACGAAUUGCGAGCAUGUGUGCGAGAGAAUGAUAAACAGCGGUUUACAUUGAAGUUGAGAUCAAAAUCUGCAGACACAAAAGAUGAUGAUGAAGAUGAAAACGAAAAGGAGUCCAAAAACCCCAGCGAUUAUCUCAUUCGCGCCAACCAAGGCCACAGUUUGAAAAAAAUUAUUCAAGAUCAAGAGCUUCUUCAACCCAUCACAGCAACAGAAGAGAAUAAUAUCCCUGCAGUGGCGAUUCACGGCACGACGAAAAAUGCUUGGAAGCUGAUUGUGGCGUCGGGAGGACUGAAACCCAUGGGAAGAAAUCAUAUUCAUUUUGCUCCGGGAUUACCUGCGGAGGGGAAAGAAAAGGAAAAGGAAAAGGAAAAGGAAAUCCCAGUGAUUUCGGGCAUCAGAGCGUCAAGCAAAAUACUGAUAUAUUUGGAUCUUGCCAAGGCAAUGCAGGCCGGGAUCAAAUUCUGGCGGAGCGAUAAUGGUGUCAUUCUGAGCGAAGGCGACGAAAAUGGCUUGAUCUCGAUGCAUUUCUUCCAGAGAGUCGAGGAUAGGACGAAAGAGGGUGGUGGUGCGAUUCUCAUCCGAGAUGGGAAGUUAUUA